GUCAGAUACUGACGUUCAGAUUUUGACAGGUGAUUUGGGUCGUGUGUUUAUUGAACUGAACCUUCGAAUUGUGAAAUGCGUUGAAAAUAAAAGAUUUUUGUUCGAUAAUGCUAUUAUUAAGUGUUCUAUAAAACAAAUAUGAGUGUUUUCGGCGAUUUCCAACAAGUAUGGUUACAGAGAUUUCCAGAGAGUCCGUUACCCGGAGCAUGGGAGGAAGAUGUCCGAGCCAAUCUUUUAAAACAUAAACAAAAAGUCUUAUUACUCAGGGAAGAAUUGGAAAAAGAACAAUUUUACGUUGAAUAUUUAGAAAGACUACUUAAUGAUGUGGAACAGCAUAAGAAACAGAUCGAAGGUGGGAAAAAGACAGAUAUUCGUAAUGAUGUCAUCGAGACUGAUUUAUCUAAGGAAACUUCCAAAGAUGACGAUGAGAAUCCAACAGAAGUUGACAUCGAAUCUUUAUCCGCAAAUAUGUGCAUUAAUGAAUUAUCCAAAUCGCAUUCAGUAGGCGGCACUGAUGGUAAUAAAAAGACUGAUACAGACGACGGUACUUUUGUGACUGUGAUUGAAGUCAACGGUUUGAAGAAUACAGAGUUGAAUCAGGAUAAAAUUCCUCCGAAGGUUCCCGAAAAACCAGAUUCCCAACUUAAAAAGACACUUCUUGAACAUUCCUCUAGUAGAAGCGACUCUCUUGAGUCUUCAUCGGAUGUACACACAGGAGACGAACCAUUCUACGAUAUAGUAGCAGGGGAGGAUGAAUCGAAUCUACAACAGAGUGACACUUCCAGUACUGAGAACGUAUUCAGUACUUCUUCCACUUUACCGUUGACCGCUAAACUAGAAUCGGUCAUUCAGGAACCGCAGUCGCCUGGGACGUCGAAUUAUGUUAAUAUUGAGUAUUUUAUAAAAUGUACCAAAGGAAACGAUAACGAUCCGAGUAGCAGUGAAGAUGAGGAAGAAAUUGCCCCUUUGCGUUCUAAUACCGCCGACAAUGGUUCGUACGCGAGUUCUAGCUCUCUAGAAUCGUCAACUCCGUCGACAAGAAGAAAAUUCAGUCAGGAGGGAGAUGUUAAGGUUGAAGCCGAAAGAAUGACCAUGUAUCGAUGUAUUUUAUUGAAUAUAAUUGACAGUGAAACGAAUUAUGUGGAGUGGCUCGGCAUAGCUAUUAAGUAUAUGAAAGCAAUUCAGUCAACCCUAGGCACAUCUCAACCUAUAGUUAGUGAGACUGAAUUGAGAACAAUAUUUUAUAAAAUCCCAGAGCUGUACGCGUUACACGUGAAUUUCUUAGAGGCUCUUCAGAGACAUACACAAAAGUGGGAUAGUAAGAUUGGAGAGAGCUUCAAGACUAUGGCAAAUAAUUUGACAAUUUACGGGGCAUUCCUUAGCAAUUAUGGUCGUGCGAUAGACACUGUGAGAAAGUGCAGCGCGAACAAUUCUCAGUUCCACGAAAUAACGAAGAACAUCACAUGUAAACAACUGUCGGGUCAGCCGGUGUCUUUGGAGGACUUACUGCAUAAACCUGUGGCUCGAGUGCAGAAAAACGCGCUCGUCUUACACGAUAUGUUGAAAUACGUUCACCAGAAACAUCCCGAUUACAAAACCCUGACGGACGCUUUGCAGAUAACGCAAAGAUUCUUGGACCAGUUCAACAUGAUCCAAACCAAGUCAAUGUUCCCUUCGGCUGAUAGAGCUCAAAGGAGGCUAGUCAAAAAUUCGUUUAUAGUUGAAUUCGCAGAUAACCAUAGGAAAUUGCGGCAUUUAUUUUUGUUUAACGACGUUAUAGCUUGUGCUAAAUAUAAGUCAUCUGGGCGGACUGAAAAGUACACGUUCGAAUUGAAGUGGUUCAUUCCGGUAGAAGAUAUUAUUAUAUUAGAAGAAUCCACUGCAAAUCUCCAUGAAGUACCUGCUUCCAAUAUCGUUUCUUUGAAAUCUCAAGCUUCAAACGUUAGAGAUCAACUGAGACAAGAGGAGAAAUCGACAGAAGAUAGAAGGAUUCGAUUAGGGAGAGGUUCCGAAAAGUUCCGGAAGAGGCUCGUGGAGCUGGAGAGUCAAUUAGUGUUAGUAUCGCCGAAUCUGGUGUUCAGAAUAAAACAUAGACAGAACGGGAGGACUUAUCUGUUCUUCCUGUCCUCCGAUUUCGAGAGGACGCAGUGGAUCGAGGCCAUCCAGACCCUGCAGAGGACCGGCAUUCCGCCGUCGCCCACAACUAACAACGCCAGUAUGUUCGAGUUGCAAACGUGGAUAACGGCCUGCAGAACGUUCCUGAAGACCAACAUGGGUUCGUAUCUUUUGAGGAGCGGUCAGGACGAGAGUCUUCUGGUUGGGGAUCUGCACGUUUUCAUAUACGACCUUAACGGUUUGGAGUAUACUAGUGACUUGUAUAUCUGUAUCGAAGUAGAUUUUUACGGACAUUUCUUCCAAAAGGCCAAAACGAAGUUGGCGUGCAACACCAGCACGCCCGUUUGGAAUGAAAAUUUCAUUAUUGAUCUGGAGGGUUGCGAGAACCUACGUAUCUUGAUCUAUAGGGAGAACAGUCCAGUCGAUACGUUGUUUGGGAAGCAUACCCAAAAAUUGAGCAGGCAGUGGUUGCUGGGUCAAGGGCCGGAUUUGAUCGAGAAAAAACUGCUCAUAAAUGGAUGCACACUGAGAAUAGGUUUGAAAUUUAUCCCCUGCGAGGUCAGUCUCAGGAGGGUGCCAGCUGGGAAGGUGGGGAACUUGUUCGGUGAAAAGAUCCAACAAAUAUGCAAGAGGCAAAAACGAGACAUUCCCUUCAUUGUUACUGCUUGUAUACGAGAAGUUGAAAGAAGGGGAAUGAUGGAAGUUGGCGUGUAUCGAGUAUCUGGAUCGGCUUUGGAUCUUGCCAAAUUAAGGAAGUCAUUUGAAACUAAUUCUUAUGAAGCAGAGCAACUAUUGAAAGAAGUAGACAUACAUUCCGUUACAGGAGUGUUGAAAUUGUUUUUGAGAGAGUUACCAGAAGCGCUUUUCACGGAUCAAUUGUAUCCUACUCUUUUAGAAUCAUUCAAUCAGAGCAACGGCAAUCUUAUGAAGAGGACAGAAUUGUUGAAUGAUUGUUUUGAGAAAUUACCACAACAAAAUAAAGCUACCAUUACCUGCAUCUUGGAACAUCUGAUAAGAGUGCAUAAGCAUGAAAACGAAAACAAGAUGUCACUCCACAAUUUGGCAACUGUGUUUGGACCAACUCUACUGCGACCUAGUAUCAAAGGAGACAGUUCCAAACACAAAGAUAUGCCUGCCGCCACUGUUGACGUGAUGGCCCAAGCAGGUAUUCUCUAUUGUUACCUUCAGGGAAUGAAUAACAUGCAGAACAAAUGCUGACUGAAACCAUUGUCUCUUAGCCCUUCAAAAUAAUAAUGUAUUAUUAUGGACCUUGCUUGUGAAAUUAACAUAUUAAGCAUCAAAUAUACAGUGUUACACAUAUUGCAAUGUAACUUUAGAGCUAUGAAAACAUUGCGAUAUGUUUGACCCCCAUCGCCACCUAGUUAUGUCUGAGCAACUGCCUAUAGCGAAUUUCCAAAGUAAGUCAAUUAACCUACCUGAAAUACAAAUUUUUGAAGUCAUAGAAUGAAAAAUACGAAAAAAAUACUUAUUCAUGGUGAACUGACGCUUUUCAUAUAUUUAUUUUGAAUUUUUUGACCUCAACAGUAAAAAUCAUCGACUCGGAAACUAUUGACAGUCCGAAUUGGCUGUUUUUCUCAAAUAGAAGACUUUUGUCACUGAACGUUUCAUUGUUGUAAUAAUUAUCAUAACUCUUUGUUAGGAGUGAAAAUGAAUAUUCUUUUGAAAAGAGAAUAUGGCAGAGAUGUUACAUCUACAUUACAAUGUCAAUAUCGAAUUUUUCAUAAUUUAAAGCAAAUAAAUGAAUGUACUACAGUUUAGAUUUCAAAAUUGUAGAAUUUUCAUUAGUAGACAUGCCCAAUUUGCUCUUCCUAAAUCUUAAUAUACAGAUUGCUUACUGUAUAGAGGGCACGUUUUGUUUUAAUUUCUUCGUUUUUUUUCUCUUGAAAGUUUUUAGGGGUAUGCAUGUACAACAGUUCUCAAACUGUGGCUACAAGAUGAAAGCAUCCAGCUCUAUUGCUAUUAUAAUAGCAUGUUCAGACCGAUAAAGGUCAUAUAUAAGUGUAAGUAGAGUUUAAUUAUGGGUUUUCAUCAAGUAUCGUCUACCUCUUGAAUAUUUGAGGAAUGGCCAGAUAUUAUUGGCGUGUUCAUAUAUUGCAUUGAAUAUCUAGUCCAUAAAAAGUCAACUUGCUGAGCAUUUUUAUACUAGUUGAUAGUACGAAAAAUUGUUGAACUUUAAGGUGCUUAAUAUGUUGAUAGAGUGAUUCGCAUGCGCUUUUUUCCGUGUGUGAUUGUUUCUUAUUGUGCUUCAUAUCGACUCCUCUUAUGAAGUACGUAUUAUACUUAAUAAUUCCGAUGAGAAAAUAAGAGCCCUUACAACUUUAGCAUUCUUCCAGAUAUUACUCUUUUUAGGUAAGCAAUAUCACCUCCCCAUAAGUUAUUACACAUGUAUUGAUAUUUCAAUUCUGAUAUAUACAAUUUGAAAUGAGUUGGAAGUUUAAGUUGAAGGAGGUAAAAUAAAGUAUAUUAGUCAGAUGAAAUUAUACUUUUGGAUUAUUUCUUUGAGUAUUAUCUUAAGUAUUUGUUUCAAGCUGUAAGUUUUUACAUUACCAAAUUUUUUAUAAGUAGGUAUUUUUGUAUGUAUGUAUUUGUACUUGAAUAUUAUGUAGUUAAAUUAUUUUAUAACAACUUUAAUGUGAAUUUGUAUAUAUUUAUAUAUGAUCAGAAUACAAUUUCGAAAUAUAA